GUCGGUUCGAUUACGAAACAUUUCAAAAGUAUUUUAAUUUCAGAUUUAGGUAUAUAAUUUUCAAAAAUUUGGGUCAACUAUUUACACUACAUUGUCCUAAAAACUUUUCCAGUUUUUGCUGAAAUUUUCAUUGUCAAAUUCGCUGUAGUGCUAAAGCAUUCCGUGCUUGUCAUUGCUCAGUGUUUCGGUCUUAUGCCGGUUCGUGGAAUACUCGCUGCUACUACGAAAGGAUUAUCGUUCAGCUGGAUAAAUCUUCGCACUUGCUAUUGCUUAAUAUAUACACUGCUAACAACCGCUAGCACCGGUCUAACUCUGAAUAUGACAAUAAGAAGUGUAUUAGAGGUGGAUAGCAUUUCACCAUUGGUAUUCCAAGUAAAUGCUCUCUUAGUUUCUAUCGGCUUCCUACGCCUGGCUGGAAAAUGGCCACAGUUGAUGCAAAAAUGGCAGCGAGUGGAGCUGCAGAUGACUCCCUAUCAGUCGUGGCGUGAGCGCGAGGCGUUGUCGGUGCGUGUCCAUAAGGUCACAUUUGUACUGAUCUCAUUGUCGCUGACUGAGCAUCUUUUGAGCACCAUUUCGGCCAUUCACUUUGCAAUUCAUUGCACCACACAGGACGAUGCCGUCGAAUCGUAUUUCACAUCGGUUUCCUCACACAUAUUUUUAGUUUUUGAUUAUUCCACUUGGUUGGCUUGGUUCGGAAAGAUAUUGAAUGUGUUCAUGACUUUCGGUUGGAAUUACAUGGAUGUUUUUCUAAUGAUAAUUGGCAUAGGACUUUCGUCGUUAUUCGGUCAAGUGCAGAGCACUUUGGAGCGUAUCAAGGGGCAGGUGAUGCCCGAAGCUUACUGGACGCGUACUCGCUUGCAAUAUCGUCUUAUUUGUGAACUCAUAGAACAAGUAGACUCUGCUGUAUCCGGCAUAACUAUGCUCUCGUUCGCAAAUAAUCUCUUUUUCGUUUGCAUCCAGUUACUCAGGAGCAUCAACAAAAUGGCAUCUACAUCUCAUUUUAUCUAUUUUUAUGCUUCGCUGAGUUUUCUUUUGGGCCGCACCUUGGCUGUCUCAUUGUAUCUCUCCGAAAUCAAUGAGCGCUCCCGUGAGCCGCUAGGAGUUAUCAAACAAGUUCCGAAGGAAGGUUAUUAUGCUGAAGUAGAUCGGUUUGCGCACGAGAUAACGGUUGACAACGUGGCGCUUACCGGACUGCAAUACUUCAAUGUAACGCGUGGACUGGUAUUGACGGUGGCCGGUACCAUCGUUACUUACGAACUGGUGUUUAUGCAGUUCCAAAAAGAGGAAAAUUUAUGGAAAUGCAGUUAAGUUUUUUCUGAGACCAAUUCGGUAUAUCGAUUUUGUAAUAAAAAUGUAUUGUUUGCGUUUAAAAUAAAGAUGUCUCAGCCCCAACAUUUUAG